AUGGAACACCUAAACCAGACUUCAGUGACAUAUUUCAUUAUAAAAGGUAUUUCAGAUGCUCCUGAAUUUCAGGCACUGAUCUUCUGUCUUGUUCUACUCAUUUAUAUCAUUAGUAUUGCUGGUAACAUGACCAUCGUUAUACUUGUCUGUCUGGAUCCCCAUCUGCAAACUCCAAUGUACUUUUUCCUAUGUAACUUGUCACUCAUGGACAUAUCUUCCAUCACUGCUACUCUACAUAAUGUUUUUGUUAUCUUUAUAGUGGGGGACAACAAAGUGUCCUUUAGGGGUUGUAUCACUCAGAUGUUUCUGUUUCUCUGCUUCACUGGUAAUGAAUUGUCCAUACUUUCGGUGAUGAGUUAUGAUCGUUACGUUGCCAUCUGUAACCCUUUACGGUAUCAAACUCUUAUGAACCAAAGAGUCUGCAUGAUUAUGGCCACUGUUAGUUGGAUGUUUGGUUUUCUUCAAGCCAUACCACAUAUUUCUUUAGUAUGUGGUUUCACUUGCUACAUAUCAAAUGAAAUCAACCACUUCUUUUGUGACAUUGUGCCUCUCAUGCAAAUAACGUGCAGUGAUACCUCUGUAUUAGAACUUUUUAUACUUACUUGGUCAAAUAUUCUAUCUGGUCUGACACCAUAUCUUUUGACAGGCAUUCCUUACUUUUUUAUUAUCUCCACGAUACUAAAAAUUCACUCCAGCACUGGGAGGCAAAAAGCAUUCUACACUUGCUCCUCACAUAUCACAGUUGUGGUCCUUCUCUACGUGACUCUUUUUUGUCAAUAUCUUAGACCAAUGUCAAUGAACAACUUGAACUCAAAAAAGCUGAUAUCUCUGUUUAACACAGUUGCAGUUCCUGUAUUAAAUCCACUGAUUUACAGUUUAAAAAAUAAAGAUGUAAAAUCAGCACUGGGUCAAAGGCUGACAUUGUGCAAUGUAUAA